UUCAAGCAUUUGUAAAUUGUAACGUAUGAAACUAAUCUCAGAAAUCUAAGAUUACGUGCGAUUUUGUGCCGUCUUCCUCUCUUCUCUUCUUCCUUGUUCGACUGUUGUGAAAUCGUAGCUUCAGCAACGCCAUUUCAUCCACUUUCACUUCCAGGUUAGAGUCGAAAUUGAAGAAAUCGCGCCGCCCAUUCGGUUUCGUGUGACCCGGAUUUUUAUGCCUUCAAACCGCACCAGAGAAGUACACAGGCAAAAAUUGAACACUUGACUGACUUUCAGGUAAUUUGGCUGUCACACAACUGCUCUGUUCUUUUGGUUACUGCAAGCAUCUAACGGGGGAACCUAGCUGAGCACUGAAAUUGCACUGAUAUCAACAUGGAUGCCUUGCGUUCAGAAAAGAAAGGGAAGAAAGUGAUUGGGAAGAAUUCAAAGCGAAACUUGAAUGGGGGAAGCGAUAGCCCACAAGUUGAGGUUGAAGGAUAUUCCCAGAGUAAUUUAGAGAGGAGGCCUUGCAUGAUGCCCCUUCUACCCAUUCCCAACAGUGAAAGUAGUUCAAAGGCAUCACUAAUUUUGAGUGGAACUUGUAAAGGAGUAACUGGGCCACCUAUUGGAGCCUUUGACAUUGGUGUCAGCGAAUCUGCAUACUAUUUUCGUGUUGCUCUGCCUGGAGUUAAAAAGGACCCUGGUGAAUUCAACUGUGAGAUUGAACGCGAUGGCAUGGUACAUAUCCGAGGGGUGACAUCAACUGGCGGAAAAACUGUGUCAAAGUACUACCGGGUUUUCACAAUGACACUUCUGCAGCAGUGCCCACCUGGAGCUUUCACUCUGUCUUUUAGAUUGCCCGGGCCUGUUGAUCCGAGGUUGUUCUCACCCAGCUUCGGAUGUGAUGGCAUUUUUGAAGGUGUUGUUGUGAAGUCUUAAGUCUAGCCUGUAAUAGUUUAGUUUAGAUUGUCUGCCCUGUAUUUUGGUCUUGACAACUAUCUAGUUUGACAAUAUAAUAUGCUUUUGUGGUGUGUCCCUGCACUGCACUGCACAUGCACAUUCCCUGCACUGCAGAAGAUGAAGGGUUACAUUUUUUUUUUUUGAGAAAAGAUGAAGGGUUACAUAGGUGCUGAAAUUACUGUUAUCAA